AAAGACUGAGUAUUAUAUAUAAGUAUUCUUUUAUUUCUUAUUACGUGAGAUUGAGUGUCCGACAAACUUGUUAUUUUCUUCUACAUAUAUACUUCUAUACACACACACACACACAAUUAUUUUCUGUGUUUCACUCUCUUUAAACAAAUUUAAUACUUCCGAGCACAAGACAAACAAUUUUUUUUAUAGAAAACAUUGCCAAUAGAAAUUAAAAUUAAUGGCAGUAGGUAUAUGUCGAAAAAAAUUAAUAAUAAAUCCUCUGGAAAAAAUAAUUAAAAUAAUCUUAUUUUGAUAGUGGUCCAUCAUAAUGAAAUUCGUGAUAAAAUGAGUAUAGAAAAAAAAAAGAUCGUAAAGACCUACAAGUUGUUAUGUAAGUACUUUGAGAAAGUGAAUUUCUAAAAUAUAUAUAUAUAUAUAUAGAAACCGGUCAGUUAACUUUGAACGCUUCACAAGAGCACAAGAUUAUAAAAGGUAGUAUCGAAAAGUAUUUGUUUUUAAUUUCUUUGUUCACGUGUUCGUAAAUUAAUGUGACAGUAAGAAAAAAAUUCUUCUAUAUAAUUGAUUUUCGACAUGAUGUUACGAAUAAUCAUUGUAUUAUCAUUACUUUCUUUAAUAUCUACGGUAAGAAGUGCAACAUUUUUCGAUCUUUUAAAAGAAUAUAAGGACAAGGAUGUACAAAUCAAGACGAUUUAUUACCCUAAAUGGGAGAAAUACGAUUUUAUUAUAGUCGGAGCAGGUUCCGGAGGUUCGGUUCUCGCUAAUCGUUUAUCAGAAAAUAAAAAUUGGAAGAUCUUAUUGUUGGAAGCAGGUUAUCCGGAAAACUUGAUACAGCAGAUUCCUAUAUUCGUUAAUAUACUCCAAAGGACGGACUAUAAUUGGGGUUACAAUGUAGAACCUCAAAAUAAUACCUGUUUUGGAAUGAUCAAUCGGCAAUGUGCUUGGCCACGUGGAAAAUCACUCGGUGGAACCAGCACAAUUAAUUAUAUGAUUUUUACACGUGGCGACAAGUUGGACUAUGAUUACUGGGCGGCCUUGGGCAACGAAGGCUGGUCUUACGAAGAGAUUCUACCAUAUUACAUAAAGAGUGAAAAAUUCGACGUUCCUGGUAUUAUUAAUUCACCAUAUCACGGAAAAGAUGGAUACUUGUGCGUUGAAUACGUUCCUUUUCAUACUGAGCUAUCCACAGCAUUUCUUGAAGCUGGUAAAAUACUCGGUUAUGAUGUUCUCGACUAUAAUGGCGAAAAACGAAUAGGUUAUUCAUAUUUACAACUCAACAUGGACAAGGGAGCGCGUUGUAGCGCUUCAAAAGCCUAUCUUAGAGUGAAACGACCUAACUUGGACAUCGUAACUGGCGCCAGAGUAACAAAAGUUCUUAUUGAUGAAAAUCGCCAAGCUUACGGCAUCCAAUACAUCAAAAAUAACAAUAAAAAACUCGUAUUUAGCACGAAAGAAGUGCUUUUAUCCGCGGGUACGAUCGAUUCUGCCAAACUACUUAUGCUUUCGGGUAUAGGACCAAAGGAACACCUCGAAGAGCUGGAAAUUCAAGUGAUUCAAGAUUCUAAAGUCGGAUAUAACAUGUACGAACAUAUCGGUUUCCUCGGUCUAACCUUCUUAAUAGAUCAACCCGUAUCUCUAUCACAAAGUAAAGUGUUUAAUCCGCACUCGUUAUGGGAGUAUGCGUUUAAAAGAAAUGGCUACCUCGCUAUACCUGGUGGUGCCGAAGCUUUGGCAUUUAUAAGAACGAAGUAUGCUCCAUCUGAAAAGCCAGACAUCGAACUUCUUUUUGCUUCAGGUUCGAUACAUUCAGACAAGGGUCUAGACAUUAGAAAGAAUAUACGAAUGACGGACGACCUUUAUAAUACAGUUUAUAAACCGAUCGAAAAUAGAGAUGGCUUAUCGAUCUGGCCGAUAAUUCAAAGUCCAAAAAGUGUUGGUCGUCUUACCCUGACGUCGAAAGAUCCUUUCGUACCACCCAAGAUAGAGCCUAAUUUCUUUUCUCAUCCUGAUGAUAUCGAAAUCCUACUUGAAGGUAUAAAACAUGCCAUCAACGUAUCUAAAACGGAACCUUUCCUUGCAUACAAUAGUCGAUUACACGAUAUCAAAAUACCCGGCUGCGAAUUCUAUGAAUUUAAUACCGACGAUUAUUGGCGAUGUGCUAUCAAAUAUUUACCAUUCAUGAUGAAUCACGAGAUAGGAACCGUUAAAAUGGGACCCAAAACUGAUCCCUAUGCUGUCGUUGAUUCGCGUUUAAGAGUUUAUGGUAUAAAAAAUCUCAGAGUAGUCGAUGCAUCUAUUAUGCCCACUAUACCAAUCGGCCACGUAAAUGCUGGUAUCUUCAUGAUCGGUGAAAAAGCUGCUGAUAUGAUCAAACAAGAUUGGUCGAGAGACGCAACAGGAAGUAACUAGCUAGUUCGUUCAUUCGACUAACACGCAUAGUAAACUUGAAGUAAAUACUACGUCGAUGUAUGAUUACAUUGGUCAAACAUGUUCAUGAUAUAAUUGUUUCUCAUUUAUGAUCUACCUCGUCCUUGAGCUCACGCAAGUGCUAUCAAAUAUAUAAUAUACGAAUAUACAAUUAAUAAAUAAAUCCCAAGUUUUAUUCUUUACGUCUAUACAAUCGUGUUCAAUCUAAUAAAAUAUGAAAUAUUCGACGUCAUUGAUAAUCCCCAACGCGGUAAUUCACAUAAUUGAUUCAUCGAAUGUUUUAUUCGCAAUAACAAGUGCCAUGAAGCGAUAAGGAAAUAAUUUACUUUUUACGUAUAUAUUAACAUAUAUCAUAUAAACUAACAUGUGGUGGAUAUUAUAUGUUCGGGGGAAAAAAAAAAAAAGAAAAAUGCGAAAAAUAAUUUUAUUUUUAUAAACUCUUU